CUUCUUCGCUGUCCGAAUCAAAACCCCUUUCCAAAACAGCGUCGUUUUCAUUUCCCAGCUCCACUCUUCUCCACUCUCUCUCCCUUUCUUCUUCUUCUUCUCUUCGUGUUUCGGCUAGCCUACAGCGGAAGUAGAAAAAGAAGAGCAAAAGCAAUCGGCUUUUUCGAAACCCAAAGAUCAUUUUGGGAUUCUUUUUCUUACCCAUUUUCUCAUUGUAGCUCAGGAUCACUACUUCAUUUUUAAGGUGUUCACUCAUCUCUACCGAACAGGUUUUCUCAGAGUUAAUUUGAUUCAGCUAAGAGAUGAAGGGUUGACCUGCCCUGCUUUGUAUGAUAUUAAGUUGUAAUCCAAACAUGGAUAAAGUGUCUUCUGACUGUCCAUACCCAGGAUGCUUCUUUUGUGUCAUGAAGGAAGGGAAUCCAAGCAAGCGAAGAGCAAGCAUUCUGAAAUUCUUUAGAGAGCUUCCUGCACAGGAUGACGAUGGACAAGUUCUCCCUAUCAGUGGCCUUUGGAACACUGCCAUGGCACAUCCAAAUGAUCCUGAGUUCAUCGAGCUUGGCAUCUUUGAAUGUAUGGCUGCACUAAUAUGGAAGGGUCUAAAGAAUCGUCGCUGGCUUUCUCAUGACCAGAAUAUAUACAUUCCUUAUUAUGCAGCCCAUAUUAUUGGGUCAUACACCAUGAACAUGGAAGAAUUUGCAGAAAGUGCUGUGCAUGCUGGGGUAAUCCCUCCUUUAGUUGAACUUUUGAGAGGAAGGUUAACUUGGGUUGAACAGAGAGUUGCAGUUCGAGCUUUAGGGCACUUGGCUACCUAUGCCAGCACUUUUCCUGCUGUAGCAAGUCAUGGUGAAAUACUUGAGCUUUCCAUUCAACUAGCAAUGAGCUCACUAGAAAUCGUUUAUUCUCAUUUUUACCAGUAUGUUGACAGAAGGUUAAGCUAUCAUUGUGAUCUGCUCACCCGCGGUAUGGGAGGUGUUGAAAUGGAGUCCAGAAAGGCAGAAGAAUGGGCAAGUCAGUUACAAUGCUGGUCCCUCCAGCUUAUUAACUGCUUUGCCUUUAAACCGGAGUUUCUUCCUACCAUAUGCAAGCCUGAAUUCUUAACAAAACUACCUGGCAUGUGGGGUGGGCUUGUUAAUGAAAACUCACCAGCUGGUAUUGGUUUAUUAAGAACAGUCUGCCAUCAUAAGUUGGGUAGAGGACCUGUUGCUAGCUGUCCUGGUAUUAUCGAAUCAUUGUGUAAUAUUGCUCGGUCAUCAGAUGAUUGGCAGUAUAUGACUAUUGAUUGUCUUCUUUGGUUGCUUCAAGACCCUAGUACAUGUCAUAAGGUGAUUGAUAAGGCUGUACCUGCACUUGUUGACCUUGCGGAGAUUACAACUCUGGGUGAUCAUAAGAAGCUUGGAGAUUCCAUUGUUAAUGUUCUUGAGGAAUGUGUCCAGUCACAAGGGACAGGACGCAACUCUUUCAGUAACAGAACGAAGGAAUUGAUUGAGGAACUGUUGAAUUCCAGACAGAGAUUGAAAUGGGAAAAGAAUAUGCCUAAAGAGGAUCUCCAUAUUAAACAGGCAGCAGCUCUAGUGGUCAAGCUCGAAGGAAAUUCAUUAUUUUCAUCAGGAAAUAUAUCUGGAGCUGCAUCAAAGUACUCAGAAGCGUUGGCAUUGUGUCCAAUGAGAUCCAAAAAGGAGAGAGUUGUUCUUUACAGUAAUCGAGCACAGUGUCAUCUUCUGUUGCAACAGCCCUUGGCAGCUAUUAGUGAUGCUACUCGUGCACUUUGUCUUCACAACCCACUGAACCGUCAUGCCAAAAGUCUUUGGAGAAGAGCACAGGCUUAUGACAUGCUUGGGCUUGCAAAAGAGAGUUUGUUAGAUGCCAUUCUGUUCAUAAACGAGUGCUCUCAGUCAAAUGAUCCUGAUCUCUCAUUGAGGCAAAAUAAAGUUCCUGACUAUGCGGAACGAUUGGUUAAAAAGCAGAUGCGUGCAGCUUGGUUAUUUAGAGAGGCAGCUAUCAAACAUGGGGGUGUCCACUGUGAGGGUGAUGCUGGUGACAUCUAUGGCCGAGAGACCGAUGAUUCCGAAUGGGAGACAGCAAGUGAGAGCGAUAUAGGAAAUGAUGGAAGAGAUGAAAUGGGCAAUGAUGAUGAUGAUGAUGAGGAUGAUGAUGAUAGUGAAUGGAAGAAUGAUGAUGAUAGUAAAUGGAAGAAUGAUGAUGAGAGGAAAGAGAAAUAUGAUAAGUCUUCAAUGAAAGACCUAAAGCAUGGAUACAAUGUGCAGCUUGCGGAAGAUGAGCCAUGAAUUUGGAUGUGGUGAUCACCAAUCAAACGUGAGCACAAUGCAGCGACAGCAACAGAAUGGAAACUUGGACGAAGCUUUGAUUGAAGUGAUUUCAUUUUCAGGAUCACCUAGCCUUACAGAGGUUUCAACCGCAAUUUUCAUCAUCUGUCUGGAAAGAAUGCCGAAAAAGGAAACAUAUUCUGGUCAAUUUGUGUCAAAUAUUUAAGGUUGUUAUGUGCUUAUUUUAAUUGUUACUCUCAAUUUUUUUUUUGGGUGUAAAAUUUCAAGUGUAGAAAUGAUAAGGUUUUAAAGUCUAGAGAGAGUUGAGUUUAGAAAGUGUGGAGCUUUGAGUGAUUUAAGAGGGUUGUGUAUAUAAAACUUCAGGGGUUUUUGUUUUGACUUUUGAACUACCAUCCAUCAGCAUUUGAAUGGCAAUUGUGAUUUUCUUCUGCUA